AUGCCUGGAGGGAGAACAGCUCACUCUAGAUUCAAAAUUCCUCUCAACCUUGAUAAUAACUCAAUGUGCAACAUAAGAAAACAAAGUGGGGCUGCUAAAUUGAUUCGAGAUGCAAAAAUAAUCAUAUGGGAUGAAGCGUCGAUGGCAAAGAGCCAAGCAGUGGAGGCGCUCGAUCGAACAAUGCGAGACAUCAUAGGGGUGGCACUCCCAUUCGGCGAAAAGAUAAUGGUUUUGGGGGGUGAUUUUAGACAAGUAUUACCGGUCGUGAGGCGUGGAACCCGAGCACAGAUUGUAGAUUCUAGCUUACGGAUGUCACCUCUUUUAACAACGAUUAAAAAUAUACGGUUAACGCUCAAUAUGAGAGCACGCACUGAUCUGUGGUUUUUAGAAUUUUUAUUAAGAGUCGGUGAUGGAGAUGAAGAAGCGGUGGACAAAAUAUUUAUUCGCAUACCGGAUGACAUGACCAUUCCCUAUGCUGAUAAAGGUAAGUCAAAAGAUGCAUUGAUUGAUGCAAUCUUUCCAUCUCUACAAAUCAACGGAGCUGAUUCCGAUUAUAUCAUUUCGAGGGCGAUAUUGUCAACUAAAAACGAGAAUGUUGACGAGAUUAAUGAUCAGUUGAUCGACAAGUUUUCUGGAGAUGAAAAAUAUACUACAGCUUCGACGAAACAAAAGAUGAUAAGAACAACAUCUAUCCAAUGGAGUUCUUAA